AUGUACGGUAAAAAGAUCACCGGACAGAAUCCACGCAAGCACCGCCGCAACAACGCCGCAACCAUCCAGUGGUGCACCCGUAAAUUUAUCCAACCGCAGGGGGCAUUCUCAUCCUCCACAGGCCUCGCUUUCCGUACUGUUCUUUUCCUCGCCGUUCGGCCCGUCGCUCUCGCAGAACACAACUCUCAUUUUCUCUCUUCUUUGGAAGCGUUUUUCUUCACUCUCUACUCUGCUGCUGUGCUGGGGCUGGCGCUAGGGUUUCGGAUUCCGAUUCGUUUUACCGAUGCUUCGGAGCCAAGGUUAGCAAUGUACGGCAACUCUCUGCCCUUGAACUUGCCCGUCGACUUCCCCGCCGACGCCGAGAAGCGCUCCGCUCCGUCCUCGCCGGCUGACCAUCACUCUCCGUACGAGCCCCAGGCUCUCGAUGAAAUCGGCGACGUCUACGUCGACGGCGUGCCGGACGUGCCACUGCAGCGCGGCGAGUGUUCGAACCAGCUCACUCUCUCUUUCCGCGGCCAGGUCUUCGUGUUCGACGACGUUGCUACGGAGAAGGUUCAGGCAGUGCUACUGCUUUUGGGGGCAUCUGAACUUGCUUCUACAAUUCAAGGCACGGAACUUACCUACCAGAAUCAGAGGGAAUUGAUGGAUUAUCCCUUAAGAUGUAGUCAGCCUCAGAGAGCUGCCUCUCUAAGUAGGUUCCGGCAGAAGAGAAAAGAGCGAUGUUUUGAUAAGAAAAUUAGAUAUAAUGUUCGCCAAGAAGUCGCACUCAGGAUGCAGCGUAAGAAUGGCCAGUUUGCUUCUUCCAAGAAGUCUGAGCGGUCCACAAGUUGCAAUGCUGCUGAGGACUUAAGACAAGAUUUUAGCCCGCAAGAAACUUUAUGCACACAUUGUGGCACUAGUUCAAAAUCCACCCCGAUGAUGCGCCGGGGACCAGAUGGUCCAAGGACUCUUUGUAAUGCAUGCGGGUUGUUUUGGGCAAAUAAGGGUACCAUGAGGGAUGUUUCUAAGAUAACGCACGAUAAGUCUCAGAUGCCAACCGAACAGCGUGAAGGUGUAGCUUACACUCCAGAGUACGGGGCUCCCAUCCGCACUCACUGAUCUUCCUCUUCCCCCUUUCUCUGGCGGUCACAACUCAGCUCUUAAUACAGGCAGGGGAAACAUGAUUGCCCUGGCACCAAUUUAUUGACUAGAAGGCUUCUAUAACUUUAGCUUCCGGCUUUUCUUUUCUUUGUAGUAGUUGUACAUAAUAAGUUGGGAUCAAUACUACCUCUUGAUGUUUAUGGCAUGAUGAAACUACAGGAAGUUUUGUAUGUCACAUCUGACAUGGUUAGUAAUUUAUUCAGGAUUAUUUGAUUUGGGAUUUUAAUUAGGUUGUUGAGGGGACAUGAGAUUGUAUAAAGAUGGAAAUUUGAUUCAGAA